AUGGAUGAGAAUGAUGAUCAGACGCCAGGGUCACAAGUCCUCAAAGCCGCAGAAAAUGAGAAACAAGCUGUCGAAAAUGCUGUCGAUAGCACGCAAGCUGAACCUGUCGAAUAUGGCGCAGACAAGAUGGGAACACUGCAAAGGCGGAUCGUGGUCUUCUCUCUGUGUCUGGCCCAAUUCUUAUACGCUUUGGAUAUUACGAUCGUUGCGACUGCAUUGCCGACCAUUGCCAGAACUUUGGACGCAACAGCCUCGGAGUAUGCCUGGGUCGGCAGCUCGUACACCUUGGCCAGCACAGCGUUGACUCCUAUCUGGGCCAAGAUGUCUGACGUCUUCGGCACGAAAAUAUUGCUGAUCCUGUCGAGUGUUAUUUUCAUGGCUGGCAAUCUGAUCGCGGCGUUGUCGAGCUCUGCGAAGAUGCUCAUCGUUGGCAGGACCUUCCAAGGCGUUGGUGGAGCCGGCCUUCAGAUACUGGUGACGAUCCUGAUCGGGGUACUUUUCAGGAUCGAGGAUCGUGCAAAGUAUUAUGGCAUCACCGCCGCCGUAUGGGCUGUGGCCGGAGGUCUUGGGCCCGUGCUAGGUGGAGUGUUUACGCAGUCGCUGGGCUGGCGAUGGUGCUUCUACAUCAACAUGCCCUUCGGCGGUGCGUCGUUGGUGAUGCUGGUUUUCGCUUUGAAGAUAGAGACGCCAAACUUGCCCAUUGCUGAAGGGCUUCGUGCAGUCGAUUGGACAGGUGCGACGUUGAUCGUGGCCGGCACAAUCUUAUUUCUUCUUGGACUCGAAACAGGCGCUGGAGGAUCCAAAGCCUGGGGAUCCGCUGAAGUUGUCUGCCUAAUCGUAUUUGGCGUUGUCCUUCUCGGCCUAUUCCUGCUAUUCGAAGCCAAGCUGGCGAGCAAUCCGCUGAUUCCGACUAGGGUUUUCUCUUCUCGGACGAAUGCCGCCUCAUUUGCGGUGACCUGCUUGCACAACUUUGUGUUCAUACCAUGCGACUUCUUUAUACCACUCUACUGUCAAGUUGUCGUAGGACUGUCGCCAAUCAUCUCUGGAGUUACCAUGUUCGCCUUCGUCUUUCCGGUGACUUUUGCGACCUGUCUGACCGGAUGGGUGAUCAAGCAGACCGGAAGUUACGUUUGGCCGAUGUACUUUGGUGCAGUAGUAACGACGAUUGGAAUGGGCCUCUUCAUCGACUAUGGUGUCGAAAGGGACUGGGCCAAACUCAUCAUGUAUCUCGUCGUCGCCGGCAUUGGUCUUGGCCCAGUUAUUCAGGCGCCACUGAUCGCCUUGCAAGCGAAUACAGAACCGAAGGAUUUGACUGCAGCAAUGUCAGCGAUGACUUUUGCGCGGACUCUUUUCACCAGUAUCUCGGUGGUAGUGGGGAGUGUUAUUCUCCAGAGUAGGCUUGGAGGUAGCUCGUUGAGCGAUUUGCACCAAGUGCGAGGCAAUCUGGGCGUUUAUGCCACAGCGCUGAAGAACAUGUGGGGCUUCUAUACAGCCAUGAGCGGGCUGAUGAUUCCUGCGGCGCUGCUUGUAAAGAGCAAAAUCUCAAGCGAGAGGUCAGAUUAG